AUGCGAGAUCAUGUCGUUGCCAUCAUCACAGCACAUCAUCAGGAACAGAAACAAGCGCGGCAUGAGGCAGCUGUACGAUGCUUGAAGGCCGAGCAUCAGACAGAGGCGAAAACUCUGCGGGAUGAGAUGCAGAAGGCUCGAAGGACUCUGGAAAGUCGCGUCGAGGAAGCACAGGAAUCCAAGAAGAAGAAGGAGGAUGAACUCAACCGCAAACUGGACGAGGCCAAGCACGCUUUGCUCGAACAGGACCGUAAGAUAAACAUACAAGGUCAAGAAAUUACAGAGAAAAACCUCGCAUUGGAUCACUUGUCCUCGCGGCUGGCUCAUGAGACGGCGAUCUUACGGAAACAGCUUGAGCGGGAAGUCGAAGAACAUCGCCAGAAAAUGCAACUGGCCUCAGAGAGACAGAGAGGGGAGAUCCGAGCCUUGACGAAUGAGCAUAAGCAAGUGAUUGAAGACCGAGAUAAACUCGCACAGCAAGUCGAAGAAGGUUACACAGAGAAAAUCAUCGGACUGGAUAAUAGAAUAGGAGAACUCAUCCGGAUGUAUGAGAACCGACCAAGUCGUGACGAAGAUGUUAUAAAGAUAGAUCAUCUCGAAAAGGAGUUGAGACAGAUGAACCAUGCUUACGAGGAUCUGAAGGAACGUAUGAAGGUCUAUAAACUAGAACUGAUAAAUCGCGAGCAAAAUUAUAACAAGCCCAUUAAAGGAUUCGCAAGCUAUUCCGGGCUCUCUUGGUGGAAAUGCUGUCCAACGGAAGCCGGUAAAGAAAUCCGCCAAAGGCCUCCGCAAGACGCUUGGCAGAAAGGCGGCAACCACAGAUGUUUGAGAUUGCGAUUGUAA